AUGGCUCUAAAUGGGCAGCAUUACGACCAAGAGCCUGUGUCGCCGGUCUCCGCGAUCUCUUCGAGGAGGCUUUCGCACAAGCCUGAUUUGCCAGACCUCAGGCGGGUGUCAGGCGGGCAAGAGAAGGAAGAGGUAGGCCGUAUCUCGCUGGACAAUGUCCCGCCAAGAGGGAGCAGUUGGCGACACUCUGCAGACUUUCAUAAACCUCUUCCUCAUCUGCCGAAGGAGACAGCUACGAAUGACUCGACGAAACAUGAUUCUGAUCAUGCAAUUCCUCGAAAGCCUAUUGUUGAGACUUCGGACACACCGAUUGAUCCCAGCAAGUACGUGGACCUCAGCAACACCAAGCAGACCCAUGUAAAUGUGAAUUGGUCGCCAGCCGUCACACAUGAGGUCAGGCAAGUCGAUACGCACGAGAUUGUGCAAGAGGCGAUCACUCGAGAGAUUCACAAUCACCACAUUUACCAUCGCGUGCUGCCUGUAAUUGACGUCGAAAUCCUGCCUGCUCGCCAUUUUGUGCCUACCGCCGACGGGGGAUACAGAGAGAUCUCCGAGGCCGAGAUUCCACACGGCAGUAAUCCAGAUCGAUUGCAGCAAAUCAUUCAGGAGGCUGUAAACAACAGCAUGCCCAAGUAUGACGGACCGAGUGGACGCAGAGCGUUCACGGCUCGCAAAUUCGAGGGUACGGAAGGCGAUUACCGAGAACACACGACGCCGGAUGGUGCGAAGCAUACGGAGCAGUGGUGGGUUCAUCCGCCUACCCUGGAGACUGGAGGACAGGAGUCAGGCCAGACAGCGCCGUUCUACUUCGACUCGGAAGAUCCGGAAGAUGACGGCUUCCGUGGUUUCCAACAUAAGACUCCUCCAGGCUUGCGAUCGCUCAGGGAGGCUCAAGCAGCUCGCAGAACCGAAGCCUUUUCGUCAGAUGUGACGGGCCGAUUCGCCACCCCUCCUACGCACACGAUACUGCCAUUUCGAAUGGCACAUGGAACGCCUGCAUCUUAG